CAUUAUGUCAGUGAAGCCUGCCUGUUCUAUAAAUACCAUAGAGGACUGGCAGAAGUUCCACUCUUUACAAUGAGACUUCUCCUGCUCCUCUCUGCCUUAGUGGCAGGUACUAUUGCUGUAAAAACCUUUGUAGGACACCAAGUCCUGAGGAUCAAAGCAAGCAACGAUGAUCAAAUAAAGGAACUCCAGGCUCUGGAAGGGCUGACACACCUCGAGCUUGAUUUCUGGACUGAACCAGCCAACAUUGACAACCCAGUUGAUGUUCGUGUCCCGUUCCAUAGUCUCCAGUCUGUGAAGUCUUACCUGGAGUUCAACAACAUUGAGUAUUCUAUCAUGAUCAAUGAUCUGCAGACAGUGAUCGACUCAGAGAAGCAGGAGAUGGAAACUGAUAAUAUCAAGGAACGUAACUCUGCCACCUUCAACUAUGCUACUUAUCAUACCUUGGACAAUCUGUUCAAAGGUCUUGAUGCUAUUGUGCUGGAUUUCAAAUCACUGGUCACCAAGCAACAGAUUGGGACUUCUACUGAGGGACGUCCUCUCUAUGUCCUCAAGUUCAGCACUGGUGCCAGUCGUCCUGCCAUUUGGAUAGAUGCUGGCAUUCAUUCUCGUGAGUGGAUUACUCAGGCUACUGCCUUGUGGGUUGGAUACAAGCUUGCAACAGACUAUGGAAAGGAUGCAUCCAUCACAUCUCUGCUCAACAAAUUUGACGUGUAUCUUCUAGUUGUUACCAACCCUGAUGGAUAUGUCUAUUCUCAUACUGCAGAUCGUAUGUGGCGUAAAACCCGAGCCCCUAACAGUGGAAGUCGUUGUAUUGGUGUUGAUCCUAAUAGGAACUGGAAUGCAGGCUUUGGGGGACCAGGUGCCAGCUCAGAUCCCUGCUCUGAUUCUUACCGUGGGCCCAGUGCAGAAUCUGCAGUGGAAGUGAAAAAUAUUGCCAACUUCAUCAGGUCACAUGGAAAAAUCAAGGGCUUUGUGUCAAUCCACAGUUACUCUCAACUUCUGCUCUUCCCAUAUGGCUAUAAGUGCACCAACCCUGCACACUACACAGAACUGAACACCGUGGGUAGAUCUGCUGCUGCCGCCUUGAGCUCUCUCUAUGGAACACAGUACAAAGUUGGAACUAUCUGCUCCACAAUCUACCAAGCCAGUGGUGGGAGCAUUGAUUGGACCUAUGACAUUGGAAUUAAAUAUUCCUUUGCCUUUGAGCUGAGAGACACAGGACGCUAUGGAUUUCUCCUACCAGCCACUCAGAUCCUUCCUACAGCACAGGAGACCUAUCUGGGUCUGAAGAAGAUCAUGGAGCAUGUACGAGACAACCCUUACUAGAAUAUAUACCUCUAUACAGAGCACCAGUCUGUUUAUUAUACAUAAUAAAGUAACCCAUUUUAACAA